AUGUCGAAGCCCGUUUAUUUUGAUGAUUUGUACAAGAAGUCGAAGGAUAUUCUGAACGACGAUUAUUUCACUGGAUCGAAGCUGGUGAUGAAGGUGAAGCAUCUUCAGGGAGUUAACUUGACUGCUGAGGGAAAGAGCAGCGGUGGGAAGCCGGUGGUGAGCAAGAUUUCUGGUGAUUUCAGUCCUUGCAAGCACUUCACAGUGAAGAAGGUUUCUUUGGACAGUGCGGGUUCGUUGGUGUUCGAUGCGGACGUGACUGAUUUGGUUCGUAACACGACGUUUACGCUUCGGAGUUCGAAGCGCAUGAGCGAUAGCGGUAUAGAGAAGGGUUUGUUGGGCGUGAAGGUGUGUGGUGAGCGCGGCGCUUUGGAUUGCAGCGUGGACGCGUGUUCGGGUCGCGCGAGCUGCAGCGCGGUUGUGAGCGCGGGUGCGCGCGCGCUGGUGGGAGCGAAGGUGCAGAGCGCGGAGACGGGCGUGAGCGUGGAGUGCGGUGGUUCGUUCCGCGGGGAAUGGUACGAAAUGGCGGGAGUGUGGAGUUCCGCGGGGAAGAAGGGAACUGUGGGCGUGUGGGCGAAGACGGGCGCGUCGACGCGCGUGGGCGCGGUGUGGGAGGUGCGCUCGAUGCGCUCGAUGCCCCGCGGGGCGGUGGGCGUGGUGUCGAGUCUGAACGAUGCGACGGAGAUCCGCGGGAAAGUGAGCGAAAGCGGCGUGGUGAGCGGCGCGGUGAAGGCGACGGUGAACAAAAAACUGAGCCUGCUGGCGAGCGCGGAAGUGGACGCAGCCCAUCUGGAAGGAGGAAACCACAAGCUGGGACUCGGACUCGAAUUCAUUUUCUAAGUGUUUUUGUAUCUUUUAA